AACUGGUGUGAAAAAGAAAUUAGACAAGUUCCUGGAGGAUCAGUCCAUCAAUGGCCGUUAGCUAAAAUGGUCAGGGACACAACCCCAUACUCAGGGCGUUCCUAAUGGCCAGAAGAUGGGAUUGAAUGACGGGACAGAUAACUCGAUGAUUGCCCUGUUCUGUUCAUUGAGCACCUGGCGUUGGCCACUGUCAGUAGAUUGGACACUGGGCUAGCUGGACCAUUUGUCUGGCCAUUCUUAUGUGGGUGAUCUGCCCUGUUUAUAUCAGUGGCUACCAUCUCUGGUGCUAGUGGAUGUACCUUAAAAUGGCCUAUGGCAAUUUCUCAUGCUUUGAGCAAGAAAUGGAAGUUCAUUUUCUAAAGCUGUAACUUGUGUAUUGACAUUGAACAGCGAGAUUAAAAGGGGAAGGUUGAGGCAGCUUUUAUUUGCCUGAGCAGAGCCUUUGCAUGGGAGAACGCUGUAUGUCACGUUUCAGUUCCAGGCUUACAUUCUGAGAGUGGCUUAAAAAAAAAAAACAACCUACCGGGAGAUUUCACAUCUAUUUCUCAGCCCCAGUCUGAGUCAAGGAAUUUAUUGGCCAGAGUCACGGGACUUUUUAAAAUGGGUUCAAUUAAAAACAAUUUAAAACAAAAUAUUUACUUCUGAAACAAGUGAGUCAUCAUUCUCCUGUGUCUAUUUGUGGAGAAUGAAACCACUCCAGAAUCUGUGUGUCAUGUCAUAAGCAAUGUGUGACUGAGAUUCUGGUAAAUGACUCAUUGCUGGGUUAGAUUGUAAUGUCAACAUGCCAGAAAUUGCAACGUUCAAAUAAAACGGAACAGAACUUUGGCCCGGAUUCUUGUCAAUACCUCACUGACCUGAUUUAACUCCGCAAAUUCCAGGAUUAAGUUUGGGUCCGGUUCCCAUUCUUGACAUGACUGAAAGGGUUUGUAGAUGUAAAUGGCGUUAACAAAUCCACCAGAAUAGCAUUGUAAGUGUAUUCCCUUCUUAACUGUAUCUUGCUUUUUCAAACAAGGAAACUGAUACUAACCACCUGGAUGGGGAGGAGAGGUUUUUACUUGUAAAAUGCUUUGAUUGGCAUUUAGUGGUUAGAACACACAGCUAGGGAUCAGGAGUCUUUUAUUUCUGGCUUUGGAUGGGGGAGUGAUGGUUAGUGGUAAAAGCAGAGGACUUUGGUAGUUCAGUCUUUUUCACAGCUGUGACAUGGAUGACCUUUUGAAUGGUGUCAUGAAUCUGUGUCUCAGUUUCCCCAUCUGUAUGACUGGAAGCUUAGCGCCAGCCCACUGUUGUAAUUUGCUUUGAAAUCCUAGAGGAUUGCAGUGCAGUGUUGUGUGUAAUAUUAAUGGCAGUUUCCUGCCAAAGCCAGGGUUCUUGUGACAGCUGCAUGAGUCCCAAAUGCGGCUUCUCCAGGUGCAGCAGAGGUGGCAGCAAGUCCAAACUCCAUUCUCAAAGCUAGCUAGCAAGCAGAGGAGGGAAUGUCAAAGUCUGUUGUUUACCUUGCACUAUCUGACACUUGCUUUCUCCCACACUCCAGAACCUGAUGAAAAUCGCUGCUCAGAAUCUCGUCCAGAAUACAAACAUCGAUAACGGGCAGAAGAGCAACGACGGGGUGGUGCAGCGCUUCGACAAGAGCCUGGAGGAGUUCUACGCCCUGUGCGACCAGCUGGAAUUGUGCCUGCGGCUUGCCUAUGAGUGCCUGUCCCAGAGCUUCGACAGCACCAAGCAUUCUCCCAACCUCGUGCCAACGGCCACCAAACCCGAUGCGGUACAGACCGAGAGCCUGCCUUACACCCAGUACCUGAGCAUGAUCAAAUCCCAGAUCUCCUGCGCCAAGGACAUCCACAAUGCCCUGCUGGAGUGCUCAAACAAGAUCACCGGCAAGGUCCCUGCCCAGGGCGGGCCGUAGGCUGCGGUGUGGAACAGUUGGUGCUCCUGCUCUGCAGCCAGCAUGGUCUGAAGGAGAUUUGAAUUGUUUCUGGACUGUGCUGUGUCAGCUGGCGAAACCUUUACAGACUCGCAUUUGGUCCACAGCCUGUCUCGUGGCCUCUGCAUUCCCUGGGUGGGUGGAUGGUCUCUCCUCCAUCUUCAUUCUCAUCUGACUCCUCUGGUCUUACUCCUUUCCCCUUCACCUAUCCUAGAUCGGCCCCUUGAGACCAUGGCUGAACUCACUGUUGCUACACUAACCUAUACCGCCUGGCGGCUUGGCCCGCACACGUUCAGAACACAUUAGCCCAUUGAAACUUUCUCACCCAGCUCAGGAUCUGCUUGCUGAAGUCUCCCAUGCCAGGGCCUAAGCCGCCUCCACUCCCCUUUGAUAUCCGGAGGGGUCAAGGAGGCCUGAGAUUGUUACACUAAUGAAGCUGAGGAGCCUCAGAAUCUUCCUCUGUUUCUCAAAUUAAAACUCCCCCCAACACAGGUGAAUGAGCAGGAUUGGAGGGUGUAUUGUUUAUUUUUCUGAAACCGUAACCGUUUCAGAGACAUGCUAUCCGAUUCAAACAAGCCCGGGUGGGAACGUUCUCCUACCAUCACAGUGACUUUGCCUCUGUCUUCUUUCUUGGAAACAUCUCUCCCCAGCACCAUGAAGCGAGAGGGAAGUUGCCCUCUGGCUCACUUAAUGCCUGUGACUAGCAGAAUUCUCUCUGGCAUUGAAAUCAAAUCCAAAGGAGAAUCCGGUCCAAGAACUGAAUUGGUUUGUUUCCCUCUCUUUGUAACUGGCCUGCUCAGUUUCGCUUUCCAUUCCUAAUUGGCUUUGUCUCCUGUCUUUCCCCAUUCUCUAUUUGCUCCAGGAAGCUUUUCACUCCAGGGGGAUUCUGCACCACUGAGCAUGAUUCCUGUUCUCCACGGAUUUGUAUUUAUUUAUUUCCCUGCAGAAGAAUCAAUUCUGAAAUGGAAGCGGCAGGAGGGGUUGUAACACUGUGCCCGUGUUACUCACUAUUGUGAUGUACCCAGUGCGGGAGGGCAGACCACUGGGGUAUUUAUGGGGCAGGCUUGGCCCUUGCAUUGUGUCAGGGUUCGGGGGGAAGGCUGCAGGGUGAUCCUCCCCACCUCUGUUCAGUCCCCAUGUGCAUCUCUUGUCCCUACUGCAGAGAUGUGGGGCUAAUACAAGCAGCUCUGCUGGGGCACCCAUCUCCCUGAAUUUUACACCAGAGAUGUGCUUGCAGCACACCCCCAGCCCCAGGAAGAGCUCUUCCCUGGUGUGCCACACAGGCAGGAGUCCUCCAGGAGCCGGAGUCCACCGGCUCUGGUUCCUGCAGUCAGUAUCCUCUGCUGCACUAGGCCUUUGAGGCUGGGGCAGGGUGGGAGGGGGAGACACGGGGUGCGCUGGGCUACCAGUGCAGAGUGGGGUGUUGGAGCCGGGGCCAGUGGCAUGGGAAAGGAGUUAAUCCCUAGGGGGAAGGGAAUGUGGGAGGAGAGCUGAGGGGGCACAGUCUCUGGCAAGGAUGGGGAGUGGAAGAGAGCUGAAGAGGGGGCUAAAAGCAGCUAAGUGGGUCCUGAGGUCCAUUUGCCCUCAAAGAAGCAGGGAGCCCCCUCACCUCUCUCUGGGGAGGGACCGGGGACAGAUGCCACUCAGCUAAUGCACACUCUGCUGACUAAACUCCGCCUUCCUCCCCAUCACUCCUGCCACUGUGUGUCUUAGACCUGACCCUGCAAGGAGUGUCCAUGGGUGUGGUGGGGUGUUGAAUAUUCAACUCCUAAGGGAAUUAUUUUUGUGUGUCCUUACACACAUUUGCUGAAAGGGAUUUUGAAAUAACAUUUCCAAAGUAAUCGAAACUGGCCUGAUUAUAUUGUUGUGUUAACAAAUAAAGCAUGCAGAAUUGUAUAGAAUUUUAAAAUAC